AUGAAGAUCCAACACAACGCCACCAGGGUCUUGGAGAGAACGUCCCAUUUCCUCCAGAAAGGCGUCCUCUUGGACAGACCCGCCUGGGUCAACUCUGUGGGCGUCCACCCCACCGGCUACGACAUGACGAAAAGACCCAAGAAGCUCGAAGCUGGUCGUCAGCCUGUAGACCCCCAAGACUUGCUUGCAAAGAAAAAAGGCAACUACUACAACACCAGAACGUCACGCACAGACCGCCGAAACACCCACGGCAAAGUCAACGCCAUUCCCAAGAUCAAGCUUUUGGAAGACCAGUUGAGAGAUGUCUUCUACCAUCAACAUCCCUGGGAGCUUGCCAGGCCCAAGAACCUCGUGGAGACCCAAGGAGACGAUAAUGCUCAUUGUGACUGGUCACGUAUGCUCCAGUUGAGCAAACCUUUGGACGGAGAGCUGGUGGUGCAAAGAACGUUGUACUUGUUGAAGGAUAAGCCUAAGGCUAAGGGUACGCUCUUUGAAGCGUACGACCAGGCUCGUUUUGAGUUUUACCAGUUGCGUAUGGCCGAGGAGAUGGAGGCUACCGUGCUGCGUGAAGAGCUGACGAUGUACGGUUCCAUCUACCCAAGCACGAAUACUGACUGGGGUAUCCAGAAGGAACAAGAGGCUAUUGAUGAUUGGGCACCAAAGGCCACCGAGGAGACCAGAGCGUUGCGUGCCACUAUGGGAACUUCCAAGACGCUUGCCAGGAACGAUGCAGAGGAAGAUGAUGGGCCCUCGAUCUGGGAGUCGUCGGUGGGCGAAGACCAGGCUAGAGAGUAG